AUGCUUUCUUUCGUAAACUACACUCCCCGAACUCAUCCCGAGCACAAGAACAAAGAGCAUUGUCGGGUACACUCUGAUCCAGCCAACAUCCCACACGAUGUCUCCCAGAAAACACCCGUCGCUGAACCCAAGUCUUCCGUCCCACGGUCUGCUGCUCCUCCUGCUCCCACGACUCAAGCUUAA